AGCGGAAAGCUAUAGGAAAUCAUUUGAGACACGGAGGAAGUGACGAUAACGCGCAACCGCUUCUGGAGUAGUAGGACUAAUGCGAGUGGGGGCGGAGAAAAUGACAUCACGUGUCAACCUCAUAGCGGAAGGGGUGGGGAAUGGCCUGACCUGAGGGAGCAAAUUCUGCAGUGGAGGGAAUAUUGGACAUGUGUUGAGAUAUCCAGCCGUUGUGGGGGAACAAUCAUGAAGUUAAUACACUAUAACUCUCUUAUCAGAGCACAGUGAAAAGAUGGCAACUAAACUACUGAGAUUCCUGGCUAGAUCUUCAUACAAAACAAGCCAGUGCCAAUACUUGCAUAAAUACGGGUUUUCAGCAUCAAGCAACAAUCUUCAAGGGGUGUCGAGCACUUCUCUAUUGGCUUAUAGAUCCAUCAGUAUGUGCAUUCCAGAGGCAGUAGUUUCUUAUUUAACCCACAUCUGUGUGCAAGCCAAAGAUCAGCAGAGACUGGAAGCUAAUGCUACUACUGCAACAAAGACUGUGAACUAUUUGAGUAUGUAUAUUUGUUCUCCAUAUGGGGGACAAUUUUGUGCUCUUAAAAACACAAGUUACCAGCACAAUUCAAAGUGUAUAAGAAAACUUACAUAUACUCCAAAUCGGCAUUAUUCAGUUUUAUCAACUAGUACCAUUUUGCCAAAACAAACAGUUGUGCCAGGUAAAAGACCACCAAAGGCAUCUAGGACCAAGCAGCCAUCUAGAGCUAAUCUACCACUACCAUCUGAAACUGAGGAUCUGAUGCAGUGCACAGCCUUUGCAACAGCAGAUGAAUAUUAUCUUGGUAACCUAUGCCAUGAACUGACAUCAUGUGGCUAUGUUGAAAUAACAACAUUACCUAGAGAUGCAGCAAAUGUUUUGGUGAUUGGCACAGAAAACUCAGCGAAAGAAUAUGAUCCUGGGAUUAUUUUUUUCUUCAGGGAAGGAUCUGUUGUGUUCUGGAAUGUUGAAGAAAAAAUGAUGAAGAAUAUAAUGCAAGUGCUGGAAAGGCAUGAAAUCCAGCCAUAUGAAGUUGCACUUAUUCACUGGGAGAAUGAAGAGAUUAACUACAGGAGAGGAGAAGGGCAAUCGAGGCUUCAUAGAGGAGAAAUCCUGAUAAAUUCAAGUCUAGAUACUGAUGAAGCCACUCUCGAGAAGUUUGCUUUUUCAAAUGCCCUUUGCCUUUCUGUAAAACUGGCAAUUUGGGAAGCAUCAUUGGAUAAUUUUGUAGAAUCUAUCCAGUCAAUACCUGAGAUACUAAAGGCAAGAAAGAAGGUGAAACUCUCUCAUGCGGAUGUGAUGCAGAAAAUUGGGGAAUUGUUUGCCUUAAGGCACCGCAUAAACCUGAGUUCCGACCUGCUGAUUACUCCAGAUUUCUAUUGGGAUAGAGAGCAUCUUGAGCAGUUGUAUGAUAAAACUUGUCAGUUUCUCAGCAUUAAUCGCAGAGUUAAGGUGGUGAAUGAAAAGCUCCAGCAUUGCACAGAGUUGACAGAUCUAAUGAGAAAUCAUUUGAGUGAAAAACAUGCUUUGCGUUUGGAGUGGAUGAUAGUGAUACUCAUCACUAUAGAGGUCAUGUUUGAACUUGGCAGAGUGCUUUUCGGAUAACAAGUGAAUGGUAACAGAAGUUUGACAAGAUCAUAGAGAUCAUCCCACUAACCUUGUUAGGUGGACUUCAGCUUUAUUCUUCACCCUACUGGAAAGUCCAGCAGCCUUCAUAAUAAAUGUAUGGAUACUUGCUGCUUACAAAACAGUUGAAGUCACUAACAUUGGGCCAAAGUUUAAAUUGGUGGUUCUGUUUCUAAGAAAUCAUGGUUUAGAGUAUAUAUAUUCUUCAAGAUACCUUUUCUUUAGAAAGCAGACAACCAAAGACUGGCCUACUAAAGCUACAUCCACACUGGCAGUUUCUUACAUGCUACACUAAAGGAAAUUGGGCAGUGAUGUCUGUGCCACAUUCAGAAGUCUUUUAUACAAAAUGCUGUGCCUCAUUAAGUGAUACAUGUUGCACAGUCUUGACACAUUUACCAGAAUCCAGUGAAGCGUUUUGUAUAUUGUACUGCUGUGUUAUGUGGUGAAGAAGUUGUCCAUAGAAAAAUAGCAUGUCAGGAGAAGACUAGGCUGAAUCUGCUUCCUAAUGUGCUCAUUUGUUCUGUGCAGCAUGUUUUUUUAAACAGGGAAGCAUUCAGACAUGUAAUUCCUCCAUCUGCAGCAUAAUAAGUAACAGCUCAGGAAAAAAUAUUAUGUUAUGCUGCUGAGUGUAUAAAUUGGUCCUCAGUCUGGGCAGGUAGGAUGAGCCCAAACCAUAAAUUGGUUCAAAUUGAAACUGAGUCCAUAAACACAAAAACCAGUAACUGAAUGAGACUCUCGGGGGAUUCUUUUGUGGAUGAGAGUGCCUGUCUCCUCUAACCCGAGAAAUGCACAAAAGGCACUGUAUUUCCUAGGAAGCAAUUGGUGAAAGGACUCUUAAAGUGAUGAUUAUCCUGCUUUUAUUUGAACUCCCCAUCCCCAAGUACAGACUGCUGCUCUUAGAUUAGCUAUUUGUCUCAUCUAAAUAAACUACUGUAUGUUCAAAUUUGAAAUUAGAAAAGAUUUCUCUCCAAAGGAUGUAUUGAAUAUGACUGAAUCUUAAAUUAGAAGCAUCUAGCUUGUUGAGAUGGACCUUAAGUUACUUCUCCAAGAAGUAAAAGAUGCUUGUGAUCAAAGUAAUGCCUACAGCUGUAUUAGUCCUACCUGAAUUCUCUGACAAGCCAACAUGGUAAAAAUGGAAAUACAGGAUUCUGUUUUCUAAAAGCAACAAACCAAGUACCUCUAGAAAUGAAUUAGCUGGACAUGAAAGUGAGUUCCCAUUUUGGCCCCAGCAUUUAACUGUCAGGGCUAAUCAUGAAGGAUAGGUCAAUCAUUUGCCUACUUGUAGGCCUGUCUGCUGGUGACACUGGCGGAUAUGGCCUUCUUCAUGGCAGUACCCUGACCGUGGCCCUCCCUCCAGAAAGAGUUGUUUGCUUCCCAUACAAACAUAAUUCCGCUGACAGCUAUAGACCCACUUAUUUAACUGGAAGGGUGAAUGUGGCUGUUAUUCCUUGUCUGCUGUACUGUGAAUUCUGUAUUGUUUUAUUGAUAUUACUUUGUAUAUUUUCAAGGUUUAAGUUUGUUUUCUUUGCUUAUCUGUAUGCUGUCUUGGGCUCCUAAGGGAAGAAGGGUGGGGCAGAAUUAUACGGUUGUUUCCACUGCUGCUCCUACUCAGAGUAAACUCAUUGAGGUUAAUGACUUAGGUUCAUUAAUUUCAAUGGGUCUACUCCGAAUAGCAGUGGAUACAACCCAUAAUUAAUGGCAAUACAUUGCAUAAUCUCUACGCAAGUAGUCAUGAAGUCUUGUGUUUCCUUGCAUUUUGUGAAGUACUUCCUUCAUUGAUCUUAAAUCUACCAUGAAUCAACUGCACCGGGUUUUUCAAGUGUUAGUAUUAUGAAAGAGGGUAGGGAAAAAUUACUUGAUCUCUCUAGACACUUGUAAUUUCUGAAACAUUUUGUUUGGUGCCUUCUUGAUAAUCUUUUUUUCUAAAUGAAGAAAGCUCCAAACUUUUUUCUUAUAGAAAGGCGCAUUUGAUUUUACGUACUAGUCUGUACUUUUUCCAGCUCUGUAUCACUUUUGAAAUGACUUGAUGGGAACAGUCACAGUAUUUUAAACAGGACAGCAUAACAAGUAUACAUAAUGAAAUUAUACUUGCUGUUCUUCACAGCUAGGAGUAAAAAAAUAUAUCAAACUGACUAAAAUUGUCCUUUCUGGUUCUGUGGUGUAGGUUCAUGUGUAUAUCUGGAAACUGAUAAAUGGAGUAGGCCAAGGCUAUGAGUUAGAUGUGGAGUUGUGUGGAGUAGAAUACCACUAACUGGAUGCUCUGCUGGGUGGAAGGUGAUUUUCCCCAACUUCCCCUUCUCCCUGAAAAUGUUUUCCUUGUGGUAGUUCUAGCCUUUUUGUAGAACUGGUGCUUGGAGGCCAUGAUGGACGAUGUGGGCCAAUAAAUUGAGGCUAAAUCCUGAAAAGACAGAAGUGUUAUGUGUCCAGAGUUCUCAUGUCCAGGAGGUGGGAAGAUGACCUGUUCUGGAUGGGGUUGUUUUUUCCUUGAAGGAGCAGGUCUGCAGCCUGGGGAUACUCCUUGAUUAAACACUGUCACUGGAGGUUCAGGUGGCCUCAGUGGCUAUAGGAGGGCCUUUUUCCAGCUUUGGCUGGUUUGCCAGCUUCUGCCCCUUUAGGACAGAAAAGACUUGGCCACAGUGUUCCAUGCUUUGGUAACAGCCAGACUGGAUUAUUGCAAUGCACUCUACUUGAGGCUGCCCUUGAAGAUGACUCUGAAACUUCAACUGGUCCAAAAUGUAGCAGCCAGAUUACUGGCUGGGGUUCCCUUUUGAACUUGUAUAACCCCUUUUUAAAAACAGCUGCCUUGGCUGCCAGUUCGUUUCUGGGCCCAGUUCAAGGUGCUCUUGUUAGUGUUUAAAGUCCUAAACAACUUAGGUCUCAAAUUUCUGAAAGACCGUCUCCUUCCCUACAGUCCCUCUUGGGUGUUGAGAUCAGCAGAGGGUGCCCUUUUGGUAGUUCCGCCACACUGGGAAGUUUGGGGUGGUGGUGGCCUGGGAGAGGGCAUUCUCUGUGGCAGUCCCUAAGUUAUGGAACUCCCCACCAAGGUGAGUCUGACAACGCCCUUGUACAACUUUGCAAGCUGAAGAUGCACCUCUUUACCCUGGCCUUUGACACCUGAUGUAUAUAUUUUUAGGACCCGCCUUAUUUUCUGUGAUUUUGUUUAGGUUGUUUUUAACUGUUUUUAAUUAUGUAUUUUUAAUUGUUGUAACCUGCCCUGGGACCUUUGGGUGAAGGGUGGGUAAUAAAUUCUAAUCAUCAGUGCAGGAGGUAGUAGAGCAGGUACCCCUGCUCGAUCAAAGUCCUGUCCAUGAAAGGGUGUUUGGAUCUAAUCAGAAGUGAGCAGUCUUUUCCCCCAAGGGUCACAUUCCUCUCCGUGUGUGUGUGCACUCAUGCCAGCAAUGGACAGGGCCAAAGUUAUACCUAUAUUUUUAUAUAGCAAUGUAGCACUUGCAAGAGUUUGAUUACCUCUGUGAAAUGUAUCUGAACUGCUUCACAGUGGCUUGAACUAGUUACUGAAUUACUUUUUAAAGGUAGUAUUAGAACUGGAAAUAAACACCUGAACAAAAAUAGUUGCAUGAUUAAAAUUGGGUUUAACUUCCUGGGUAGAAGUCUUGGCAUUAUCCUUCCAAUUAUCCUGACUCUAAUCCUUUUUCUUGUAUAAUGAUAGACAUUUAAGGUGACUGUUCUUAAACAAAGGAACUUCGAAGAGAUUGCAGUGUGAAACCAAAUUACAAUUUAUCAAGAGAUUCAGUUCUCUCAUUUAUGAGUUAAAUUGGAAGAAUGGGUUUUUAAUUGCUCUGUGUGUAGCUUGCCAGUGCCAGAAUAUUUGUGUCAUUGCUAACAGUGCUUUAUGAAUUGUCACUAUUUUCUGCAUUUCAUUUCUGUCUGACCUCACUACAGCCAGAUGCUAACUGUAUCUUUUAAGCAACUGUUAAACAUAAUUACCUCACAUGCAGCCUCUCCAAUGGCUCUUUUUUGAGUUUGAUUGUACAUGGGUUUUUUUAGGUGGUAUGUACAUUUUAUUGCACUCAGUUCCUUCUGGUGGGCUUCCCAGAGGUAUCUUGUUGGCAGCUGUGAGAACAGGAUGCUUGACUACAUGGGCCACUAGCCUGAUCCAGCAGGCUCUUCUUAUGUUCUGUACUGGGAUAAAUAAAGUCCCAUAAGUUAGAGUUCUACAAGAAGGAUGUGUAUGAAAAACAGUAAGAUAAUGGGUCAGGAAGAUAAGAAAAUGAAAUGAAACAUGCAAGCACAGGCAGGGAUAGGCCAUGACUUGGUUCCCAUAAUAAACAAUUCUGAAAAUGAUGUAACUAUAGAAAGGUUUUCUGGGCUCUUGGGGAAAAAUGGAAAUUUUAGGGAAAACUGGCACAUGCAAUUGUUGUAUCAACUAUUUUACUUUUUAGAAUGUGUUAUAAUUGAUUUACCACAUAAUUUAGUUUAGCACAAUUUACCACGUAGUUUAGUUUUAUAAAACUAAAGUAUACACUUCUUAAUUCCAGCAAUAAUAUAAUUAGUGUGAGGGAAGCAGCAAAAUUCUGCCUACAAAGUUUCUGACUGUAUUUUAGUUCUUGGCAGCUGGGGUAAUGCAGGGUAGGAGUUGAUGAACCAGUAACGACAUUAUUAUCUGGACUUAAUGGUUAAUAUAUGGAGAGGUAAUUGUUUAAGAAACAAACAAACAAAAAAGAUAGAAAAAAACAGUGAUACCGCUAUGAGACAACAGUAGGAUGCAUAUACAACUAUUCCUCUUUCAAACAGUUCUGGAAGAACUUCCAGCCUAGAAGACUACAGUACUAAACGAACUUGAGAACAAAUUAAUUCAUUUCAUAGGCUGCAAAAGAUGAGAGGUGCCUGAAAUAUAGUGCCUAGGAGUUGUAAUUACUUGUGAAGAUCUGGAUAAGGGUACUGGAAAACACUGUGUGUGUGUAAAGGGAAUAUUUGAUAUUUUAAUUCUUUCUAAAAAUAUUACAUAAGGUGUUUGCAACUUUCCAAUUUUUUUCAGUUGGAAGCAAUGAAAUAAAAAAACAACAACACCCCCAUCUUUAGUUAAAACACAAGCUCUGUAAAGUAGGGGUAAUCCUCCCUUAACUUUAAGGAUCGCAGGCCAAGGAAACACCUAUCUGGAGUAACAGCUACUAGCCAGACCAGACUGUGCUAGGUGACAUGAACCAAUAGUAUGACACAAAGUAAAGCAUUAUAGCUUAUCUCACAAUA